AUGCGUCUCUGCAUUGUCCGUGAAGAACCUCCGCAGGGAGGACUUCGCCGGCAGGUGAUCGGUGGCCGGGGUAUUCCCCGCGGUGUUGCGGAGUUUCUUGGACGUCAGUGCCGCUUAAUUUCGCCGGAUGUUCUUUCAAUUGGAUGUUUGAUGGCUUCCAACAUUGAUCUUGAUGAAACAGGUACAAUGGACUUGGAGUCUGCUUCGGAUCCUGGAACUUCUCAGGACUUGAAUGCUGUUGAAAGGAAACAGCAGUUAUUACAACGGCUUCUUUUAGAAAAUGCUUCAAACGAACCAUGCUGCCAAGAGACACCUCUGAGACAGUCGGCUCCUGAAGAAGUUACUACCAGCACUGAUGAAGAGGGCAGAAUUGGGAACACAGAUUGGUGCACCUGUGGAAACUGCAUUACGAUGCCAACUGUGGAGGAGUCUAUUUGUUGUAAAGAUAUUGAUAAUGUUGUAUGCCAGCUUGAAGAUGCACCCUGUAUUAUCCAUAAUACUUUCUUAAAGCAAUUCUGCCAGGAGGAUUUUGCCCACUUCCUCUACUGCUUCCUUGGCGUUGAGUCCCAGAGGCCUUCUGAAGCGUUAUUUAACAGGCAAAUGAGGAAGACGGCAUAUCAAGGUUUUACCACCUGGAUUCAUGGGUACCUUGGACGAAGAAAUCGAAGGCCCAUUCCAUCAUGUGCAGUUCAUGCCAUUCGUACUAAUUUCCCAGACCCAGAAAAUUCAUAUGUCGGAUUCAUUAGACUUCAAGAUUAUAAUGCCAUUGAUAUGGCUGAUGAAUUUUUUUUUUUAAACAAUCCAUUGCGAGAUGGUUGGGAUAUUGGUCUGUUUCCAGUACUGUGGUAUCAGGGCUUUGGCUGCAUUCAGGAGGUGUCGGAGUAUGGAUUUCCGAUAUGUUCCAAUGGGGGUUGGCGUGGAGUGGAGCAGGGCCAAUUUCUUGUCGAAUUCGCCCGUAUCCCCUAG